GUGUGUAAAAACUUCCGGGUUGGUACUUGACGUAAAUCAAUAUCGUAGUUAACAUUUUGAGGUUAAAUAUAGCGAAUUUCUGGAUUUCAGGCCUAAGGUACUCGAGCAUGUUAUUCGUGAACAUGAAGGCAUACGGAAGAGAAUAGUCACUUUGUUAACAAGUGUUGCUGACGCUUGCUUGUCCAGUGAAGGAGUUUAUAACACAGUGUCUACGUCGAGAAAGACUAAGAUGGGUGAGCCGGAAGACGACAAUAUAGAUUGGAAAGCGAAAUACAAAGAGGACACAGCAAAACUCCAGAAGCUAGAGACACUCUCCAAAGAUGUUCUAAAGGAGUAUGACGAUCUUCUAAAGCAGUUUGAGGAGCUAAAGUCAGAGAAUGCCUCUCUGUCCAAGAAGGUGUCCGAGAAAAAUGCAGAAAUAAAGACUGUGAAUGAAUAUAUCGACCCAGCUAUUGCUGAAUAUGAGAAGCUGAAACUGAAAUAUGAGAUCGAGAAGGGUUGUCGACAUGAGGCAGAAAUAUACGCCUCCCAGAUACACCAACAUAACAAGAAACUGAAGCGACAGACGGUUGACCUGUGUUCAAUGCUCAGUGCUGGUGGAUCGGCUAACUUCAACGUCGUCGAUCUGAAAUUUGAGGACGAAGAUAAGGAGGAGAAGGAGAUCGAAAACGGCUACCAGACCUCACUCAAUAAUACAAUAAAAGAGCUUAAGAAUGAAGUAGGUCACUUGAAAGCUUCGCUUUUGUCAACACAGAACGACUUGGAAGCCAAAACAGAGAACUACAAGUCCAUGUCUAGUAUGUACAAAGCAGCAAAGCUGAAACUCAAACAGACAGAGAAGUCGCUCAGAGAUCAUAAAGCAGCUUUAAAGGAACUUUCAACAGUAUCCGAGGAGGCAUAUCAGGAAUAUGAAAACCUUCAGGACAAAUUUAAUCUGGAGAUGCAGAAGCGGGGCUUUGCUGAACGUAAAAUGGCCGAGUUGACGGUGGACAACGGUAAGAUGAAGCGACAGAGUGCGGUGUUACUGAGCCAAGUCAGCCCGGGCGAUAAGCUACACCUCGCCCUCAUGGAGAUUGAAGAUCUCACAAACAAACUUGAAGAACAGAGAAAGCACUAUGACAGACAGAUCUCAGAGCUGGAAGAGAAGGUGGACUCUGGGUCGUCUGAGAGCAUGAACGCCAAAGAAGAGGAAACUCAAGCGCUUGAAGGUGAGAGGGAUGAUCUCAUCUCGCGAGUGAAGGAGUAUGAAGACAAAUACGCCAACCUGGAAACUGAAUAUGACGCAUUGUUGAAAAAAUAUGAAGAAUCAAAACGACCCCCGCCGCCACCUCCCCCACCCCCUCCACCAGCGAUUUCUACCACUAAAGGAUUUUUGAACAAAAUAACUCGAAAGAAAAAGAAAGACAUCGAAGCUACAAUUCGUUUGAAGGGGGGAGUUGUGAAUGACGAUUUCAGCAAAGUGCUUGAGGACAUGAUGUCCAAUAUCAAAACUGGCAAGACUUUACGGAAAACCCUAAAACCGGUGAUAACGGGCACAGACGAAAAGGGUCACACAGACGUCAAAAUGGUGUUAAAGUCAAAGAGCUUUGACGAUAUCCAAAGCGAGGCCAGUGAACCAAAGUCCGAUGACGGUCAUGCUAUGAAAGAACUCAACAAUAUUAUGAAAAAGUUUAAGCGUGCCCACAGUGUCAGUGACCUGGAGCCACUCGAGAAAGAUCAACCGGAGUCGGAACUGGCUGCAGUGUUCCGGAAAGUGAAGAAAAGUGCCUCCGUCGAUAGUGACACAGAUAUUGUUACUAGAAGAAGCAAACUAUCGCAAGUGACCGAAGAACGGGAGUCAGAGGUUAUCUCCAAACCUUCCAAUGUGGCGUUCCGUUAGCGAUGUGAAAUAACCCAGAUGUAACGCGAUCGACCCAGUGGAGUCAAAUUAAGUAAAGGAACUAAGCGGAGUUCAGGAGCUGAUGUAUAACACGAAAACUGCAUUAGAACGGGUGUCAAAUGUGUUCUUCAUUCAUUUAUUACGGGACAGUGCAGCUGUUAAGCAUUUUAUUAUGCAAACAUGUUUAUUGUUGGAGUAUGUUGGUUGUAUACUUUGUAUACUUGGUUAUAGAACAAUGUUGUAGUUUACUCAAUUGUUAAAAUAAACACAUAAAAAAAUUUGAUAAUAUAUAAGAAUUAAUUUUUUUGAUGGUCGCAAUAUUCGUUGUAUUUUUCAAAGAUGUUUUUAUAUACAUGUAUCUAUAAAAGAGCUUUACUUUUACAUGUUUUUAAUUUUUAAAUCUCUGUGAUUAUAGAAUGGAGCGUAGCUUAGAGAACAUAGGUUGUACACUAUAAGAGUAACAUAUGCAGAUAUAUAUUCAGCUUUCGAAAACAGUUUUGCUGUAGCAGUAGGCCUUCAUGUAUUCGUAGAGCUAGAUUUUAAGUGCAAUCAUUUAUGCUUUUAGUAGUUAUUUUUUAUUAUUAUUACUAUAAGCUGAGUUCUAACAUACCUCUUAUUUAAUAUGCUUCCCUACUUGAUUUACCUUGUUGCAAAUAUUUGCAUUUGUUUGUAUAUAUAGUUCGACUGAUUGGAACAUCAAUCACAAAUAUGUCGUAGCCUGGCGUACGUGAGUUGUUACAUGGUACGUUCCUUAACGCGUGUUGCCUCCUGCGUGUCCACCGUUCAGUCAUCACUGCGAGUUUCAGAUAACGUCAGUGAUUUAGAAACAGUUGGUCUGUUUUUAUUUUGUUAUGAUGGACUUUUUGGUGACACAUAUUGUGUUGAAUGAUACUCUGUUUCUAAGUAAAAUAUAUGUAUGUGAAGUAUUAAGUACAAUGCUUUACUACUUUUCUAUAAGACACAAACUCUUUGCCAUGGAAACCGUUUAAUAAACGUUUAUUUACAUCCUC